GUGCACGCAAAUGUAAAAAAAAAUCGACCUAUUUUCGAGGUAAUUCUAAUCAGAAUUGAAGAUGCCCGUUGCGCAGGGUCUAGACGAACGCUACAUCACCGUAGCAACGGGAGGUCAUGGUAGCAAGGUCACGAAACCAGCACUGGAUGGCUAUUGGGUGGAGCAGGUUGAAUUCCUGAGCUAUCAGCCACCACCUGCCGAUGUCUCAGACGAGGCAUCGUGCGAGGAAUGGACAGAGAGGAUGGAUUACAUCGAAGAGGAUCUCCGUUGGCUUCUCAAACUUCCGCAUCACAAAUUCUGGAGUCAGGUUGUUUAUGACCCGAGUCUUCAGCAGUGUUUAGAUUCAUACCUCCGUGGAGCUCCCAGGACAUUUGACCCUGUGACCCCGUUGCCUGACGACCUCGCCCUCAAACAGCGCACCAUCCACAAACUUGUCUUCAUGACGUUCCUGCGGAUGGCCACACACAAGGAGUCCAAGGACAGCUACAUAACCCCUUCUGUCUUCGGCGCAAUCAUCUACGACAAUUACCUGUUUGACGUUGCCAAGUUGAUGGAGCUGUGCGUGUUGUACGGUGGCGGUAACGCUGAUCUCCUCACUAAGAUGAUAGACAACAUCUUCAGGAAUCAACCCAAGUACAUGGAUGACCUUAUGGCUGUCAUUCCAACCAUUCUACAGUGUUUCGACAACAUCCUUGAGAAAUGUGGAUUAAAGACGGGAUCGGACCUCUCUCCAGUGGCACUGCCAACCAGUAGGGUACUGCACACCAUGCCAGAUAAUGAGCUGGGGGACAUUAUCCACUACCUCACCGACUCUGCUAUCAGCAUACUCAGCUUCCUGGAGAUUUACCCAGAUGGUGCUUGGGCCUUCAAGAACAACAACUUUGUGUCAAAGGUAGCCACAUUGUUUGAGAAGUUGCUGCCGACAAUGGAGCGAGCAAUGAAAGAGAGGCAGUGGACCGAACCAGGCAAAAAGAAGUCAUUUCAGAAACAUCUGAAUCUGGGGAAGGUCAGUUUGGCCAGAGCGUGUCAGUGCAUCGUGGUAAGAUGUCACAUUCAGCCAAUUGUUGAAGGAGGAUCUAGAGAAGAUGUGGCUAAGCUUGUGGAAGACUACCUAGAAUUGAUGUCAUCCCUGCUGUCGGACAGACACUUCCUCAAGGUCUUUGCCGGCCAGUAUCACAUCGGAGAAGACCUGGAUGUCGUACUACAAAAAUCUCAUGUCGACGAGACCCGAGCUCAGUUUAUUCUCGACGGCUUCAGAAGUGCCGCUGCCACUCCUGGGCACCAAAAGGGCAAAGCAAAGCAUGAUGGGAUUGCGUCUGGAAGCUUGGCAGAGGUGCAGGCGCAGGGGCAUGCUGGGACAGCUGCAUAUCAGUAUGAUUUGGAGCCGGAGGAUUUCCAAACCGAUGACUACAUUGAACAACUGGCAUCAUCGUCAGGUGCGUGUGGUGGAGGAGUGUCUGAGGUGGAGAUGGUUUCUCUCAUCUCAUCGGUCAAGGAUCUGUUUGAGGACUUUGGAGAGGGCUUCAUUGAGGCAUGCUUGGAGGAAUACGAUUUUGACGCCACCAAGGUCAUACACGCCAUCCUGGAGGACAAACUGGUACCCGGACUCCAAGAACUGGACAAGUCCAUGCCAAGGACUGCUAAGCCAGAACCAGUCAUUCAGCCAGCAGCAAAGGAUGCCAAGCCUGCUGAUACAGCGUCCUUACUUCAGCAACGCAGCAACAUCUACCAGAAUGACGAGUUUGAUGUGUUUAGCAGGGAUAGCGUGGACACCAGCCGAAUCCACAAGGGAAAGAAGGGUGAUAAGAUCAGCGCAAAGAAGCUCUUAAACGACAAGACGCAUUUAGCCGGCAUGCAAUCAACCAUCGAGGAGUACAGCUACGAGUAUGAGGACGAGUACGAUGACACGUACGAUGCCAAUGAUGUCGGCGCAGACGACGCAGACUCAGCUGACGAACUGACGUCAAGAAGGCCAUUCAUGGUACCCAGGGUACUGAGAGGUGCUAGAGAAGGAAGUAGCUCUGGGGAGGAGGAUGACCAGGAUGCAGAACCACUGCCUGGCAGUCAGACUAGAGACACACGCCAACCCUACAGCAGACAGCAGGCUGGUAGGGGUGGCGGACCCGGUGGGGGACGCGGUGGGGGAAGGAGUGCAGCAGUGCAGGGCCAGCCAAAGGGCAAAGGCCAGAGCAAAGACACACAGAAGGCUCGGAAUACCAAGGAUAAGCAUAAGGCCAGCCGAGCCAACCACAACCGCAAGGCGAUGGCCGAUAAGAAGCGGAGUAAAGGCAUGGGGCCUCUGUCCUAAUCAUGGAGUUAUCCUGUUAUUCCCUAUUCUGCCCUAACACCAGAGCUGUUAUCGACUCGGUCACAAGCCAGUCAC